AUGUUUGGCGCACUGAGUGCGUUGGUGGAGACCGCAUCGGCGAGGGCGAGGAUCCUCACGGUUGAGGGCUAUGAGCUGGUGAAGCGGACCGGCAUACUGGAUCUGGAGAAGGGUGACAGCAACGCCAACGGUACCGAUAGUGAAAUACAAAAUGACACCACUGUUGAGACGGCGCCGGCAGUUGCCGCUGCGGGGGACGUCGAGAGUCAAUCUUCUGUGUUGACUCAUGUGACAAAAGAGCUGCUCAUUGCGCCACCACCGCAGUGGGAAUCGCCCGCAGAAGAAUGGACGCUGCUGGCGGAGGCAGUGCUCAUGGAAGAGAACAGCUGCAUUAUUCCACCCAAAACAAUCUUGGAAGACGUGUCACUUGCGUCAAAGUUAUGCGGAUUGCUGAAUGUCGAGUCUAUCGCAAAUUUGCCGGAACCACCAGUGGUCGGUGACUGUGAACCGUCGCAAGAGGUGGUCGAGUGGCUGAUGUCUUCGCCCGAGAAGCAUGAGUUUCGAUCCUCGUUGGUGCCUCGCCACGUCUCAGACGAGAAGUACUGGGUGAACCUUUGCUGGCGCCUUUACCUCUUUCGAUUGUGUUGCAAUUCAAAUCAGAUGCUGGAUGUGAUGGAAGUUGUGUCAACGGAGCCAAAUCCACUCGAUACAACGGGUGCAUUGCGUAAGAGGAACGUUGGUGUCCCAAAUACCGCGACGCACUGGCAGCAAUUGCGAGAGAGGCUGAAUUGUAGACGAGAGAUGACGGCAUGGCUGGAGGAGCAAAUAUCAACAGUAAAGAACGAACUGGAAUUGGCGUCGAGUAACCUUCAGCUGCUCACCAACCUCAUCAGCAAGCGGGAAACCACAGAACUUGGGGACUCUGUAUCAGAGAGCUGCAAAUACCACAAGAAGAAACUAGGUCGUCUCAUGGGUGAAUUGAGGUUGCAGCAGAAAAAACUUGUGAACAGCAUUAUCUGCCCUGAUCACGGUUCGCUCUUUGCGCAGCUUGUGAAAAUGAACGAUCAACUACGCGUAAAACUUGAGGCGUACGCGUCCCUGUCGAGCAAAAACCCUUCUGAAUGCCUGGAAAAGGUGCCUACUGGGGUGCAUGAAGAAGCGCCACUGAGGGCCGAAACAAGUGGAGGAGACAUCGAAGAUACCACCGUGUUUGAAGCCGUACUUCCCUGGGAAGAUGAAGAAACAGAGAGGUAG